AUGUGUUCAAGUUCAACGUAUGUAAAGUGCUAUGAUGGUCUCGAACACGUUCUAAUACCUUUGCAGACAAACGUUGGUCAACAUAUCUUGAAGAACCCCGGCGUGGCGGACGCGAUUGUACAUAAAGCCGGGCUCAAGCCCACGGAUACCGUUCUAGAGAUUGGUCCCGGAACCGGUAACUUGACGGUUAGGAUACUGGAGAAGUCAAAGAAGCUCAUCGCGAUCGAGUUUGACCCUCGAAUGGCGGCCGAAGUCACCAAGCGUGUGCAAGGAACGCCCGAGCAGCGCAAGCUCGAGGUCAUGCUCGGAGAUGCUAUCAAGGUUAGCUUCGCCCCUGCCCCGAAGGCUGGUUCUUGCAGGCACUGUGGCACUCUAUGGUGGAUUGCUGGCGGCCCUGCUUGCCGUGAAUUGGGGUUUGCUAACAGCGAAACUCAGGUUGAAUGGGUUCCUUUCGAUGUUCUGAUCUCCAACACUCCUUACCAGAUUUCGUCGCCACUCGUUUUCAAGAUGCUCGCCAUGCCCAAGCCACCGCGACAAGCGAUUCUUAUGUUCCAGCUGGAGUUCGGUCAGAGACUGGUUGCCAAGCCUGGAGACAAGCUCUACGGAAGAUUGAGCGUCAACGCCAAUUUCUGGGCUACAUGCUCCAACGUGAUGAAGGUUUCCAAGGCCAACUUCCGGCCGCCGCCACAGGUUGACUCUUGUGUUGUGCGCAUUGUGCCCAAGCAAGGAGCCGAGCGUCCCACCAUCGCCUUCGAAGAGUUCGACGGUCUUCUCCGCGUUUGCUUCAACCGUAAGAACAGAACGAUGAGGGCAAGCUGGCUCGGUACCAAGGAAGUGCUUCAGAUGCUCGAGAAGAACUACCGCACAUGGGCAGCCAUGAACAACGUGCCCCUGGACGAUUCCCUCGUCGAGGACGAUGAAGACGACGUCAUGGAGAUGGACGACGACGAGGACGUUGGCGCAGAUGACAAUGACGAUGUCGAGCCCAUGGACGACGACACCCCCGAGUUCUUCAAGGAGCUUGGUGCCGCUGCCGGCAAGGCGCCCGAGAAGACCAAGAGCAAGCGCAAGAAGACAAAGGUCGCCGCGCUCGUCCGGAGCAAGAUUGAACGCGCGCUCGAGAGCACCGGUCUGCUGGAGAAGCGCGCGCGCUCGUGCGACGAAACGGACUUUUUGAAGCUUCUGUCCGCCCUCAACUCCGAGGGCAUCCACUUUGCUUAA